AGAAUUGCUUAUUGUAUUGAUCGUAUAGCGCCCAAAACAGCAACAACAACAUCUGCUUCAAAGAAACACUUUCAAACAAACUGAUAGGAACUUGGCAAGACGGAAUUCCAAGCAAAGUUGUAAAGUGAAGUGCUCACCGCUUCCCCGAUUUGAUAAGCCAAUUUGAUAAGAAAGGGAUGAGACUCACUUCCCCUGCCCUUACCACCCAGCUCUAUCAGCUAUAGAGACCCAUCUGCCACUUUCAGUUCUUGGCUGACAGUAUUGUAACAGGAGUACCAAAAAAAGAAUUCCACUUCUUUAUGCCGGCGCUAAGAAUGAUAGACUCUCUUGUCUAAUGGAAUGAAGGAGUUCGUAUCAUUUUGAGAAGAAGAACCAUUCCUGACCAACUUAUAGGGCAGAAACUACAGCGUAUAGGUAUGUAUGUAGGGAAGCUUUGCUUGUAGGUUUUUCACACUUCACUUGCUCGACCAAAGGAAUAGGAAUAGAGAGUCAAUGCAUCUAUCUUAGUCUGCUUCUGCGUCUGAAAUUCAUUCUUUUGCGCCUCAGCCUUCCAGCCUUCUAAGCGAGGAGUCAGCUAGUUCUCUUAUCAACGGCAAUCUCAUAAAGCCGCUCUAUCAUACAACUAAAACAUCGAGGAAGCUGUUUUACCCGAACCCAAAUAGUCGACGCUGAUCACAGGUCUCGACGAGCCUGAUCUUUGUUUUGGAAAAGGAAGAAUCCAUUUCCGUAAUAUGAUGAGUAGAAGCACUAUUCAAUUACAGCUUUCACUCCCUGCACUACUACUGUUAACAUAUCCCUGUGAAAUUAAAGGGACUUCCUUACUGACUUAUCUAACUAAAGUAAUCUUUAAUGAAAAUAGAUAGUCAUUGAGGCAAGCAGCCAAGGAACUAGCUCGACGCCGCAAACGUGAGUAUCUUGGUACUGACCGGCCAUUCUGAUAGAGGAGACCUACUCUAAGCCAAGAAAGAAGAAAUAGCCUACAUAGUAUAUGCAGCCAUUUUGUUGACUAAUGCUUACGCGUUUUGUGAAUCUUUUGAAUAUCUAAAUCAAUAUCAAAAGAAUUUCUUCUUGAGCGUAUGCAAUCGGUGAAGAGGUUGAGGCCUUCGUUCGGUACAGGGCAUGAAGCCCCCAUACAUCUUUGUACAUUCAUGGUCUUUACACCAAAUGUUGAAGAAGCCUUCAGGGAUGAAGCAACAAGAAGGAUGAAGAAAAAAAGCCAAAGACACCCCCCCAAAGAAAGAAAGGAAGGCUCAACAAACUCUCCUGUAAGUGUGAGGCCUCGGUAAGCAAAAAGCUAUAAGUCGAAAAUCAUCUAGGUCCGUUGAUGAAUCUCUUUCCUGGGUGACUAGGCUGAUGCUACUGAACUCGCCGGGGAGUACCGUGUGGAAGGACUUUUCGAGAUCGUCAGCGGGUCAUCCCCCUUCUUUCGGCCCCCCUUUCGUAUUCCGUUCUGUCAACUCCGAUGGAUUGCUUCUUUGCGUCGGGUAAGGAUUUUCCCUUCUGGUUGGCGGGUCGUAACGUAAAGUGGUCUCCAAGUGCUCAUGCUGCUCCACCCUCUUUAUAUUGUAACAAGAGAGAAAGCGGUUCGUAUUCAAAGUCAGGACUUGAGAUGGCGGAGAUGGUAUAUUAUAGACGCUAGGGAUGCCCCGUUCAUGACGAAUUCAUUUGUCAACCUCUUGCCAGAAGGUGCGCUAGCAAGAUCGAGAACACUCCUUUUUGGUUCAACUCCAAAAUACCUUGUUUCAUUCUUUUCGGUCACCCUUCCCCUUCCUGUAUCGCUUGUUAAGAAAGAGCCCGCCCCUUUCUUCAAUUCAAUGAGUAGCCGCGCUAGAGUCCGGUCGUUAGCUGACCCUAGGACCUUUCUUUUUCUAAGCGGAAUACGAGCCGGGGCGAGCCACACCACAGUGUAAAUGAGACAGACGUGAAUCAAUAUGCGUUGAACCAGUCAUACAUACGGCAUAUGGGGAAAGGGAAAUAGCGUCUGAGAUGUGCGCUAUAAGACUUCCUACCCCUUAGCAUGAACCUCUAGCGACCUAGCUAAUUACGGAUGCGGAUGACCAAAGAAGCAAACCGGCUAUUCCUUCAGAAGGCAUGGACUCCAGGGCAAACCACUCUUCCUAUCUGAUUGGUUUACCAAGAUCCGGCUUACCUGACUUUGAGGGGGGAGCUUAUGCUCGGUGCAAUCCAUACUCAUGAGAGGUCCUAUUCCUAACGUGACUCGUCCUUUCACCGUAAGUUCUGACUAUUCUAUUCACUCCACAUUGAAUAAAGCAGAAGAGACGGAGGAAAGAGGAUUGGGCAUUUAUUAGGCUUUCUUUGAUCCUUCAUUUCUCGACUAAGACUUUUUGUCAUAUCAUCAAUUCCAUCCAAUUCGUUUCUCUUUUCUUUUAUAAGAGAAUCAUGGAUCCGGGCUCAGAGCGGAAAAUUUCAUUUGAAAGAGCAUCCAAUGGUUAGCGUUCGGCAACGAGUGCCUCAGACGCUGUGUGGUCUACUCUACCUCAAUUCACCAUUUCGAACCCUCCCCGUUAUGACUUAGAGCAUCCCUCACGUCUUAUAAGUGACUUGCGAAAGGAAGGACAAGUUGGUUUGAGGACCCGUUGGUCAAAGGAAAGAUGGAAACAGGGGAGUUGGCUGAUAAAGAUGGACAGUAACGAUCGCGUAAUAUCCAUUUUUCGGCCUCGUCAUCGAAAGCGUCUUCCAAUUGCUCGGAAAUUCUCAGCUAUAUGGGGGGCUUGGAUGGUGAGCAAAAACAAUUGAUCACGAAGUUGGUCAACUUUCGCAUGAAAGAAGGUAAAAGAACAAGAGUUCGUGCUAUUGUUUAUCAAACUUUUCAUCGCCCAGCCCGAACUGAACAAGAUGUAAUCAAACUUAUGGUUGACGCCCUAGAGAAUAUAAAGCCCAUAUGCGAAGUGGAAAAAGUAGGAAUAGCAGGUACUAUUUAUGAUGUCCCCGGGAUUGUAGCCAGGGAUCGUCAACAAACCUUAGCUAUUCGUUGGAUCCUUGAAGCAGCUUUCAAACGACGUAUAAGCUACAGGAUAAGCUUAGAGAAAUGUUCAUUUGCUGAGAUACUGGAUGCUUACCGAAAGAGGGGAAUUGCACGUAAGAAAAGGGAGAAUCUUCAUGUACUGGCUUCCAAAAAUCGAAGUUUCGCGCAUUUCAGAUGGUGGUAAAGUGAGACCACAUAAAGAGCUCUUCCUCAUUCAGUCAAAUUAUUCAGUAAGAUAUGGUUCCUUUUUGUUUGAAUCUUCAUAUAGAAAGCCGGCUUCCUCAUACUUCUCCCUUCAUUCAUUGAGUUGGAGGAAUCCAUAGGAGGCCCGCCCGUUAUGCAUUGCAUGAAAGAGCCUUUCUUUCUACGACUUCUCUUUUGCCCCAGGUCGAAUGAGAAAGGGAGAUCAACCCAAAAAUAGGCCAUGAAUGAAGAAGUAGCGGGCCUUUCAUCCUCUUUCUAGUGACUCUCGGGGAGAGCUGAUCUAAUAAAUGCACUUCAAAGGGAGGGAAGCUAGGUUUCCCAUUUCUUAUUCUGAGAAGGAUCGUUUGUUUCUGUAUACUUGCGUCUUAGGACUACCCUUUGUAAUGACCCCGUUGAGCUACCUUUUUCUUUUCUUGCCGGGUCUAUUUCAUUUUCCAAAAGAAAACUAGAACCUGAUUUCCUAAUUAGCUUGGGAUCUUAUUUGAUUACUAGGUGGAUGUCAGGUCCAACCAAAGCACUGCUUAUUGAAUAACUUCACUUCAGCACCACCCUAUGAGC